GCCCAAUGGCGAAGCAACUGGGCUAAGAAUCGACUCACCCAUGGACUCCUAUCCGCAGAAACUGAAAAGCACGCGUCACUUUAACGCGUGUAAAUAGAUAAGUUGCAAGCUCGCGUAAAAUAUCCAGAUAUUCUUCAGAAACUAAAAGCAAGAAAGGAAGAAAGAAAGAAAUUAGAUAUUGAAAAAAGUAAAUACUAAUAAAAAAAUAACAGAAAAUCCGUUAAAGUCGCAGGCAGGGUUUACAACUUACACCAACUCUGAGCACAUCCUCAACCUGCAGAAAAUUAGUUGACUCUCACGAAGCUAAGCAAGGCCUUUUUCGCCAUCAUAUUCUGAAUAGUUUGUUUAUCUCUCUUGUCUAUCGAAACGAGAAGUUAAGAAUGGCAGAACGACGACAGGAUACUGCCACUGCCAUGCACAUAUCAGAAAAGCCUCAGUUUCAUGCUGGUAAAUGGUACUUCAGCAGGCAUGAAAUCGAGCGCUGUUCCCCGUCUAGAAAGGAUGGAAUUGACUUUGAGAAGGAGUCUCAAUUACUGAGGUUGUACUGCUUGUUUAUUCAAGACCUUGGCAAGAAGCUUAAAAUACCUCAGGUGACAAUAGCAUGUGCAUUGAUGUUAUGCCACCAGUUUUACAUGCGUCAAUCUCAUGCGACAAAUGAUUGGCAGACAAUUGCAACUGUAAGCAUUUUUCUUGCUUGCAAAAUAGAAGACACCCCACGCUUGCUGAGGGAUGUAGUUGUUGUGGCUUAUGAGAUGAUAUACAAAUGGGAUCCUUCUGCCCCAGACAGAAUCCGAAGAACAGAAUUUUGUGACAAGCAGAAGGAAUUGAUUAUAAGUGGAGAGACAUUGUUAUUGACAACAAUUGCUUUUGAUCUUGGUAUCAAACUCCCCUACAGGCCACUUUUUGAUGCUUUAAAGAAACUGAAGAUAUUCCCAGAUCUUGCAAAAGUAGCAUGGAAUUUUGUAAAUGAUUGGCUUUCUACCACAUUGUGCUUGCAGUACAAGCCCCAUUACAUUGCAGCUGGUUCUCUGUUCCUUGCUGCAAAACUUCAAAAACUGAAGCUGCCUACAAAUAAGGGAAAGGUUUGGUGGAUGGAGUUUGAUAUUUCACCUAAACAAUUAGAGGAGGUCAUCCAAGAGAUGGUCCGGCUGUUGGAGCAAGACAGAAAGAAAGCGCUGCCUCCAACAGAUGGAAGGAUUGCUCAGUCUAGAGCUUCAGUUGGAAGGAUGAUGACUAGUAGCUCACAAUCAACUAUUACAAGUGCAUCGAUUGCUGGUUCACAUUCUAAUGAUGGAACUGUGGUAGAAUCCGAGGUAUUGGGUGCGAUAAACCUUAAGGAAGUUUUGCCAUGUCAAACAAGCGGUAGUAUUGUGAGCAGUGUUAUUAACAAUGAUGAUGGUGAGAGUCAACCGGGAACAGGGAAGUUUGAUUUGAGUUCAAGCUGUAAGAUUGUAUCUGUUAGGGGUUUCUACAGUAAGAUUGAUGCUAACCGAAUUAGAGAGACACUGAAGAGGAGGAGAUUGGAAGGAACUGCAAAAAAGAUGUCUAUUGAAACCAUAAAUGCUGAUACUGAUGGUGAAGCUUGGAUAGAAGAGGAGCUGGAGAAUGGCGUAGAGCUGGAAUCUGCCUCUUCAAAAAAAAAUAAACAAAGGAAGAAUGUUGGCUUCAUGGGAGCAGAGAAGCAGUGAUUUGUACAACAUUAUAGAGAGUGAUUUGUAUUCCUGUAGGAUACAUUCAUAUAUGUAAUCGGGGUGCUUGGUUUAGAAAGUGCACAUGGAUAAUAUCUGAUUGCGGAUAUUUAAUGGAACUAAAAACGCACGUAUUGGUCAAGUAAAAGGUCUUUGUAUUAUAAUUUAUACAUGUGCAGAAUUAUAACAGAUUUGAGUAGGGGAAUGAUUUCGGCAUCAUGGAUUGGCCUAUUAUUCUUGGAAUCAAUUGAAGAUGUAAUUUGUUUUAUUUCA